AGUCAGCUGUCUUGUUAGUUUUUUUUAUGGCAUUGUGAACCCUUUGAGGUUUGUUAAAGAGUAUUAGGUGUUUAGUAAGGAGACUUGAAAUGUUUUAAUAGUUGGUAAAGGGUAUUAGGACUGAGUAAGAACGGCAAAAAGCGAUUUAGGAGAAGUAAAGGUGAUUAGAUUGUAUGUGGUGAAGUUUGAAGGCGCUUAAGGAGGGUCGGAGAUCAGGUGGAAUAUUCGAGCACAACAAGAGGUUCACUCGGCGUUUAUUGCGUGGCCGCAGAUCAGCAUCGGAAUGGCGGACAACAAACUUUAUCAAGCUUUGGGCGUCUCUAGGACCGCAUCUGACUCGGAAAUUCGAAGAAGUUACCGCAAACUUGCAAAGGAAUAUCACCCCGAUAAAAACCCAGCAGCUGGUGACAAGUUUAAAGAGAUCUCAUUUGCCUACGAAGUACUUACAGAUCCUCAGAAGCGUGAGAUCUACGAUCGGUAUGGCAUGAAAGGACUCCAGGAAGGAGACAACAACUUUGCAGGGGCAGAAGACCUCUUUGGCCACUUCUUUGGUGGAGGUGGGCCAUUUGGUGGACUCUUCGGUGGGUUUGGAGGUGGCUUUCGCAAUGCACAAAGGAGAGGACCAAGACGAGGGGAGAACACCAUUCAUAAGCUAAAAGUUUCAUUGGAAGAUUUGUAUAAUGGCAAAGUAUCAAAAUUGCAGCUUUCCAAGAAUACUAUCUGCACAGCAUGUGGAGGUGAGGGUGGACCAGCUGGAGCUCUACAACCUUGUCGGAAUUGCAAUGGGCGUGGGGUCAAGGUUACUAUUACCCAGUUAGGUCCAGGCAUGGUACAACAGAUGCAGAGUCGUUGUCCAGAGUGUGAUGGCGAAGGUGAAGUAAUCAACGAACGUGAUCGAUGCCAAGUAUGUAUGGGUCGCAAGGUUACACCACAAACAAAGUUGUUGGAGGUACAUGUAGAUAAAGGGAUGAAGGAUGAACAGCGAAUUACUUUUCGUGGGGAAGGUGAUCAGAUGCCAGGAGUUGAGCCAGGCGAUGUUAUUAUAGUUCUUCAGGAGAAACCACAUGAGGUUUUCCAGCGUAGUGGUUCUGAUCUCAUGAUGAAACAAACUAUCACACUCACGGAGGCAUUAUGUGGGUUCUCUAGAGUAGUUAAACAUUUAGAUGGCAGGAAUCUCCUCAUCAAACACCCACCUGGGUCAGUUUUAGUUCCAGGGUGUGUACGUGGUAUAAAAAAGGAAGGAAUGCCAUUUCACAAAAAUCCAUUUGAAAGGGAGAUCUUUAUGUUCGUAUAGAAGUUGAAUUCCCAGAUAACUUAUUUGCCUCCGAAGGUAAA